AGGGAGAGAGAGAGAGAGAGAAAGACUUGUAAGGGAGAGUAGAGGCAGGAAGGAGGGAUUGAGACAGGGCAGGAGGCGUGUACCAAGACAAGGCACUCUCCGGCGGGCAGUGGAGGGCGCCGGACGAAGAGAAGCACUAUAAUGAAACUCAGGCGACAGGGAGGGGCGCCGUCCGUGGUGGUGGUGCUGGUGGUGGUGUCUGUGGCGGCGUCCGUGGGGGUGGAGGGUCUGCCAAGCUUCUGGUGGGGCACGAGUGGAGAGACUUACGACGAUGUUCUUGAUCCUCUUGCCACUGGUAGCGGGAAGACUCUUGCGGCGCUGGACGAAGCGAACAUGUGGGCGGCUCCAGGGAAGGCCGCGGGCAGCAUGUGGACCCAACCCUAUGCCCCGGCCAGCGCGUGGGGCAAUUCAUACGAGUGGCCGGCAACCAACACCUACUGGCAGCCGACCUACAGGAUGGUACGCGAAGCCCCCGACGAUUUGAAGACUGACGAAGGCACUGAACCGGAGGAGGAGGGAAAAGAUUCAGCGGGGGAGAAAAAGGAGCAGAAAGAUAAGGAGGAUAACACGAGGGGUAGUGCCGCAUCGAAGUCAACGGUCGGGAAGGAUAAGCCAAGACCGAAGCGGAGCGUUCUCAAGCCUGAAGGAGACGGGAAAGGCAAGGACGCAGAGAGCAAGGCGGCGCAGGACAAGCAGGCAAAGAAAGGUAAGAAGGAAACGCCACAGGAGAAGAAGGAGAAGCAGGCGAAGGAAGACACGAAGAACCCUGCCGCUUGGGAGAAGAAGGAAGGAGCGACGGCGAAGAAGUACUACGGAGGGGGAGAGAAGUAUGACUAUGCGGCGAAGAAGAGCAAAGGAAGCAAGGGCGAUAGCGAGAGUAGUGGGAGCAGUGAAAGCAGUGGGAGCAGUGGGAGCAGUGAGAGCAGUGAAAGCAGUGGAAGCAGUGAAAGCAAGGAUAGUUCUGAGGAAAGCAAGGAGAAAAAGCAUGCCACGAAGUAAGGGGAAACAAAAGAGGAACGCAGGUGACGUCUUAACAGAGGAGAGAGUUGAGGAGGAGGAAGGAACGGUGCCGGGAGAGGACGGCGUGAGCGAAUGGGUGAUGGUGUGAGGAUGCUGAUGCUGAUGAUGAUGGUGCUGUUAGUGUCGAUAACGGGGUAACAUUAUGGUGGUUAGCGAAGGAGUCUGUCAAUGCUUCUCUUUCUCGCUUGUUCUUCUUUCGGGUAGUUUUAUUUUCUUUGUUUUUUCCUAAUUUUCUGUUUCAAAGUUUGUAUUCGUCUAGUUCUUUCUCUGUGUGUCGUUCUUGGUUAUUGAUAUUUCUUCUGUUCUCUGCCUCAGUCUGUCAAUGUUCUUCCUUAUUGUUCAUUCAUAUUUCGAGGAUUUUUUUCCUUUUUCUCAGUUUUUUAAUUUAAAGUUCGCAUUUCUCUGAUUUUCUCUCUUUGCCGUCUUUGUUUGUCUUUAUUCUCUCUCUCUCUCUCUCUCUCUCUCUCUCUCUCUCUCUCUCUCUCUCUCUCUCUCUCUCUCUCUCUCUCUCUCUCUCUCUCUCUCUCUCUCUCUCUCUCUCUCUCUCUCUCUCUAUCUAUCUAUCUAUCUACCUAUCUCUCGUCGUGUUUACUAAAAGAGCUAUGCAGUUUUCAGAGUGGUUUGGGCGACUCUUUCAGUAUAAGUUAACCGCAUCCAAUGUUAUCAAUAUCUGUGUUUUUAUUUUUCAGCUUCGAUGUGUCUGUCUGUCUCGUUUUAAGUGUACUAAGAUGGACUGCAGUUAUGUUUGUUUUAAUAUUAUUGUAAGCUGUAUUUUCUGGUUCUAAGGUAUUGUUCUGUUAACUUCAUAUAUUUGUACCUAUACUGUAUUUUGCAAGCUUUGGUCAAUAAAAAUAUCUAUCUAUCUGUC